AUAAUAUCUUUACAGCUGACAAUACAUGCUGCUCAGAGGUGCUGCAACAGUUAAUCCGUUUUCUUUGGAUCAUAAUUGGAAAUUCCCUUCACGACUUUUGUGUCGAAAAAGAUUGCCCGCACUUCUUACCUUCAUGUGAUUCUUUUGGCUUUAUCAUCUGCUGAUUGGAUUAUAUAUCUUAAGCUGGACUAUAUAUCUUAAGCUUAUUUUCUUCCGUGUUUGACCAAUUUGUGUUUAAACUGACGUGGACUGCUUGCAAUUUUGAUUCAGUUUUUUGGUAUAAUAUGUACAUUGUAUUUGGUGGCAUGGAAUACUAAGCUGUUCCGCAGUGGACCACGGUUUAUCAACAGCCUUAAAUUCCGCGUGAUAAAGCAUCCGAAUUUUUUGCCAACUGUUUCUGUGAUUUGAUUUUGUCAUUCCAAAGCUGACACUCAAGCCAACUUUUUAUAAAUUGUUUUGAAAAGAUUUCGGUCCAGAAUGAGCGCUAUUUGGCAUAAAAUCAAGAAAGCCAUUGCGUACCAUUACAGCGAGACGAAGUACGUCCGCACCGAGGACCAGCUGGAACGGGAACGAUGGCUCAUCCCCAAACUGAUCCCGUUCAGUCGCUACAUGCUGAUGCCAGCGGCUGUUCUCAUUCAGGUAUGCUGUGGUUCCCUGUACGCCUGGAGCGGAUUCAAUUUACCUAUCGAAGCUAAACUGUAUGGAUUUAAUAAAGGCGUGGAUCGCGCUAUUGCUGUCAACGUCUUCUACGUGGCCGUGGCGAUUUUCGCCCUGAACGCCGCCUUCCUUGGGCCCUGGAUGGAGCGCAACGGGCCACUGAAGGGAGCUAUGUUGGGCGCCUGUCUGUUUUACCUGGGCAAUUUGGUUACCGCUCUCGGCGUCUACGUCAACCAAAUGUGGCUGAUAUUUAUCGGAUACGGUGUUAUUGGCGGCGCCGGUCUGGGCAUAAGCUACAUCUCCCCGGUGUCACCGUUGCAAAAAUGGUUUCCGGAGAUGCGAGGCAUCGCGGCGGGAUUGGCGGUGUGCGGCUUCGGUGCCGGUAGCAUCUUCUCGCCUUACACACAGAAGGCUUUAAUUGGACCGGACUACGCCAAGACCGGACAGAUCAAUCUGGGCAUUGAGCUAACCUUUGUCAUCCUGGGUUCCUGCUAUUUUGUUAUCAUGGCUCUUUGCGCAAUGGUCCUCCGUAUGCCUCCGCCGGGAUACGUGGUGAAAGGCGUGACGGUGCACACGGUCAAAGGCGCCGAGAAUUUGUUCGUGGCCAAGAAAACCGUGGUCGACGAUCCGGUGCCGGCAGCGGAAAAUGGGAAAGUCGAAGCCGACAUGGAGAUGGAUAAGAUGGCCGCGCGCAAAAGCCGCAGCCGCUCAAAAGGCCACUCAGUGGUGGAUGUGCUGCCGGACUAUGCUAAACACUUUUCCAUGUCGCUCAAGCAGGCGCUCACGUCCCCACAGUACUGGAUGAUGUAUUUUAUGUUCUUGGGAUCGGAAAUUACUGGACUCCUGAUUAUCUCCAAAAUCCAAAGUAUUGCUCAGAAUCAACUCAAACAGUCGGACUCCGUAUCGGCGGAUAUCAACUCCGGUUUGGGCGGGGUAAAUCUUCUGGGACGCUUAAUAUUGCCACUUGUCUCAGAUUUGAUUAAAAGCCGGAAGACCCUCUUCAUCUUUUCACUGAUCUGUCAAGCUGUGUGCUUGGGAUGUCUGCCUAGUGCGUUGGAUGCACAGAGUUUAGGUGGUGUGCUGACGUGCGCCUUUAUCAUCGGAUUCUUCUAUGGUGGAGGCUUCGGUAUGAUUCCAGCGUAUUUAGCUGACCAGUUUGGCGCUAAGAAUGUGGGAGCAACGCACGGCGUAAUCUUGACUGCUUGGGCUAUUGCCGGCGUUUGCGGCGGUCUCAUUUUUACCGCUGUUUAUAAUCAACAGCGGCUCGCUUAUCCGGAUUCCAAAAUGAUGUGGUACGAUGUCAACUUCCGAUGGAUUUUGGCUCCAGUAUUAUUUGCGCUAAUCUUAGCGAUCUUAACGCCAACAAAUCUCCGCGACCAAAAACUCCCGCGCGUGGAAGGCGAACGCCUGCGCUUCCGGCUACCUUUUGGUCGAAUGGUCAGGCUCAUUAACGGACGAUUUCGUACGGUUAGCGUCGAGGAGGAGGAAGCUGAAUGGCAGGCCUAUUUGUCAUCGCUGCACGUGGACGCUGAAAAGCAGGAUAGCCGGAAAGGGUCCACGACCCCGGAUCGGCCUGCUAAAAUGUUUAUUUCUGACUCAGAAGCGACCUUACCGUCCUUUAAUGAGAAAAAUCGCGAAAGGAGCAUAGAGCCGACCGGACGUCAAGCCCACUGGCCACGAUUUUCCUCGUAGGAGGUUUUUUAUAUGUACACAGCGUGUGUUCUUUGGGGAUCCUUUUUUGUCAUUUGUCAGUACGGAUGAGCAUUUUUUGGAAUUGAGAAUUGUUAAGUCGAUGUGAAAAAAGUUUAGAGUAUUUAUUUUGUACCUUGUGCUUUUGGUUUCGCACAUGCCACUUGUUGUAAAAGCCAUGGUACAAACGGUUUAUGUUGUACUGAAGAGUUAUGUACACUGUACAGUGAUACAGUAAGAUACAUUUUUGUAUAUUUUAAGUUAAGCGCUGACUAUUGCCAGCGCAACGCGCAUACAUGUACAUAAGUUUUAGCCAAGUCCACA